AUGGCUCGUACAAAACAAACCGCUCGUAAGUCCACCGGAGGAAAGGCUCCUCGUAAACAGCUCGCUACCAAAGCUGCUCGCAAGAGUGCACCAGCCACCGGAGGCGUUAAGAAGCCUCAUCGUUAUCGGCCAGGAACAGUGGCCUUGCGUGAAAUUCGUCGUUACCAGAAAUCCACCGAAUUGUUGAUCCGCAAGCUGCCAUUCCAGCGUCUGGUUCGUGAAAUCGCUCAGGAUUUCAAAACCGAUCUGCGUUUCCAGAGCUCAGCCGUCAUGGCUCUGCAGGAAGCUAGUGAGGCUUAUUUGGUCGGUCUGUUCGAAGACACAAAUCUAUGCGCCUGUACGAAAAUGACUGGCCGCGGCAAAGGAGGUAAAGGACUCGGCAAAGGAGGCGCCAAGCGUCAUCGAAAGGUUCUCCGUGAUAACAUCCAGGGAAUCACCAAACCAGCCAUUCGUCGUCUCGCCCGUCGUGGAGGAGUGAAGCGUAUCUCCGGUUUGAUCUACGAAGAAACCCGCGGUGUGCUGAAAGUGUUCCUAGAAAAUGUUAUCCGGGAUGCUGUUACUUACACUGAACACGCCAAGCGGAAGACCGUUACGGCGAUGGAUGUCGUCUAUGCGCUGAAACGCCAAGGACGCACUCUGUACGGUUUCGGCGGUUAAAUUAUCAAACCCGAUACUGUCAUACAAACGGCCCUUUUAAGGGCCACCAUCCAAAAGAUAAAGAACUAUUUCAGAAUGCUCCAACCAGCCGGACGUUUUUAGAUUAAUCACUUAAAGUGUCAAAAAAAAUUUUA